AUGGCUGAGGCCAUGGACGGCGCGAUGCGCCCACCGCCGGUGCCUGCCAAGAGGAAGGCCGCGGUGGCGCCGCCGGCGGAUGAACCGGCGCCGAAGCGCAUUGAGCUGCUGGGAGGUGAUUGGCUUGGGGACGACUUGCCAGAUGAGGUGUCCAAGGAAGACAUUCAACAAAUGCUGGACAAGGCAGAUGUCGAAACCUUAAACGAGGCCUCCUUAAAGCGCAUGCACCUGCAGUUUGAGCGCAAGGUCAAGGUGAAUCGUGAGCUUCGAAUCAAGCAGCUUGACUGCAGUUGCGCCGUCACACCGAUUUCCUGGGGACAAGGCUUGUUGGUGCAAGCCUUGAGCAAGCACGCUGAUGAUCCGGACAAGUUUCUCAAAAGCGAGGUGGACUUGGAUGAGGAGAUCAAGAAGUUCACCCUAGUGGCCACUCACCCGGAGCUGUACGGAUCACUCCUGAAGUUGGAGACAUUGCCGCUACUGGUGGGGAUGCUGAACCACGUGAACACCGACAUCGCCGUGGACAUCUUUGAGGUCUUGAGCGAACUCACGGACCCCGAGGUCUUGAGCGAAGUGGACGAGCCGGAAGUCUUCGUGAAGGCCGUCUUCGAUGCGCAGCUCUGCCAGAUGACGGUGGAUGUGCUCAUGCGUAUCGAUGAGACGGUGAGCGAUGAAGACUUCAAGGCGGUGACGAAUGGCUUAAGCAUGAUCGAAAACCUGGCGGACCUCAUGCCUCAAGAGACAUGUCGACAGUUCCUGGAGAUCCCCAACUUUCUGCCCUGGCUGAUUAAGCGCUUGCGAGCCCAGGGGAUGGACUACAACAAGGUCUACUCCUCUGAGAUCCUGGGCAUCAUGCUUCAAAACUCGGAGCGCGCCAGAGAGGAGAUGGUGAAGCUGGAAGGCGUGGACAAGCUCCUUCGCGGCAUCGCCGCCUACCGCAAGCGCGACCCCGCGGACAGCGAGGAAGCGGAGUACGUGCAAAACAUGUUCGACUGCAUUUGCUCCUUGAUGUUGCUGAAGGCCAACCAGAUCGCCUUUGGAAACUUGCAGGGGCUUGAGUUAAUGAUCCGGAUGAUGCGGGAGAAGGUCUUUGCCGCCACCUUGGCGUUGAAGCUGGUGGACCAUUCCUUACGGCACUGCCCCGAGAAUUGUCAGAUCUUUGUCGAGAAGCUUGGGCUCAAGGCCUCGCUUUCAUUGGUUCAUGAAUCCUCACCAACCAACCCAAACAACAGCAGCACCGUUUGGCCCAGCCGUGCCGGGCCAGCGGCCAGCGCUGCUGAAGAGGUCCUCUUCGCGAUCUUUAUGAAGAAAGGACUGGAGAAGCCGACCGCGUGGCAGGGGCGGCGGCUUGGACCGCUUGGGCGACCCCGCGACAUGGGCGAAGCAAGCUCCAUGAAGCAAGGCGAUGUUCAGGGCAGUGUUCUAAGCCUGCUGGCCCUCAGCCUGGAGGGCUGCGACGAGCCCCAAACCUGCUAUCCCGACAGCUCGGCGACAGACACCGGGGAGUACACCUGCGUCAGCAACAGGUACUGCUCCAGACAGGACUAUGCCACCCAGUUGCCCGCUGCCAUGAGCUUGCAGGCGUGCAUGGACGAAUGCAAGAGCCGCAACUGUAAAGUGAUCCAGUACGACUGUGGCACUCACUGCUGGCUUCUGGAUAACUGCGGUAGCGAGACGGAGUCUGGCUGUCAGAGUAGUGUCUACUAUCGCGACCUCAAUUGGGUCGACACAGCAGCGACGACCACCACGAGCACGACCACAGUGCUGGGCCAAUGCUUCCCCUUCACCGUGGAUAGCGGCGAGUAUGCAUGCACUGCAACUCGCUAUUGCAGGAAUCAGGACUCUGGCACCAACACGGGCGAUGGCACUCUGAACGACUGCCUCGCUCAGUGCUCCAACGAUGCAGCUUGCGUCGCAGUCCAGUAUGAUUGCUCGGUCAGCUGCGUGCUGUUCACCGACGGGACCACUUGUGGCGAUGAAAUGCAAACCACCUGUGGAAGCAGCAUCUACUACAAGCAGUCUGGCACCACAGCUGCACAAGCUGGUGGCUGCUUCCCAGGAACCCAGAGCACUGGAGGUUACGCUUGCUCGGCGGCCAAGUAUUGCAGCAACCAAGACAGCGCCCUGAAACUGGGUACAAUGCCGCUGCAAGAUUGCUUCUCCGAGUGCGAUACGCGCACAGGGUGCACUGGCAUCCAGUAUGACUGCAAUGUGGAUUGCUGGUUGCUGGUGGACGUCAGUUGUGGCACCGAAUUCGACACCAGCUGUGGCAGCAGUGUUUACUACAAGCAGUCGACAACCACUGGCCCUGAUAUCGCUGGCGCCUGCUUCCCAGCAACGUUGGACACUGGAGCUUACACCUGCUCCGGAGCCAAGUAUUGCAGCAACCAGAACAGCGCCCUGAAACUGGGUACAAUGCCGCUGCAAGAUUGCUUCUCCGAGUGCGAUACGCGCACAGGGUGCACCGGCAUCCAGUAUGACUGCAAUGUGGAUUGCUGGUUGCUGGUGGACGUCAGUUGUGGCACCGAAUUCGACACCAGCUGUGGCAGCAGUGUUUACUACAAGCAGUCGACAACCCUGUCAACAUCCCAGGCCGGCACCACCAUCAGUGGAGUUGGAGGUGAGUGCUACCCCUCGAGCACCAGCAAUGGGAAGUAUACUUGCCAAGCUCAGGUCUAUUGCAGCAACCAGCAUGAUGCUCUGAAGUUGGGCGCUAUGACCUUACAGGCCUGUAAGGCGGCGUGUGAAGAGUACUCCAAUUGCGAUGCCAUUCAAUACAACUGCAACACUGAUUGUUGGCUCUUAAGGAGCUGCGACAGCUACGUCGCCACCACCUGCGGCAGCAGCGUCUACCUCCGAUCGCCCUUGGGCUGGCCAGUGACCACCACCACCACCACGAUCUUUGGCGCUUGCUUUCCUACCACCGAGGGCCUCUACAGCUUUAACGAUUUUACCUGCACACCCGCGGUGUAUUGCUCCAAUCAGGCCGAAGCCACGGUCUACGGGGAGGCUGGGCAAAUCACGAUCAACCAAUGUGCCGAGCUGUGUCGACAGAUCCCCACAUGUAACGCCAUCCAAUUCGAUUGCAACACCGCAUGUUGGCUUCUAAGCUCCUGCCAGAGUGAGGUCACCAGCCAAUGUGGCAGCAGCGUCUAUCGGCUGAGCGGCACGAAAGCUCCUGGUCAGACCUAUGCGCUACCAGACGGCCACACCUGGAUCGCCUACAGCAGCAGCUCUUGCACCACGGAUGACUGCUUAGUUUCCGCCACCUGCCCCUCCAACACGUGGCCCAUCGAAUGUCUCACCAUCCCGCCGAACACGGGCGACGGCGCCUACCAGGGCACCUACGCCGACGGGCUGGUGGCGACCGGCGAUGGGCGGACCUGCGAAGCGAAGGGCGAUGGGGCGCAGAUCACGCUGGCGCAGGCCACGUGUUCCGACCUCUUCGAGACCGCCAUGGAAAACACCGGUGCUUUUCAAGAGGGUGACCUCAGCAUCUCCUGCGCUGUGGGCUCCGCCCUGUCGUGCAAUUGCCUUACGGCCUGGCAGGUGACGAGUGUAUGCCAGGGCACCUUUGAGCCAACUUAUUCCGACACCAGUCCACCCAAGUGUGAGAUCAACAUCCCCGUGGACAGCGUGGCACACCGGCGCCGUGCCGCCGGAGCGGUGGGGGCCACCUUAGCAGCCACCUGCGGGAAAGGCCGUUACGACAAAGCCUACCUUUGGGCCUCCAACCAGUUCACGAACACCGACACCUCCGUCGAGUACUGUGGCUGGUCCUCAGUCCCCUAUGACAAGAUCACCGGGUACGGCGAGGUGGACUGCAGCGGCUGGAUGACCGUUCCAUCCACCGGCCCUGGAGAGUGCGCAGAUUCGGAGUGUUUGGACUUGGCCGACUGCGUGAAGAAGUGCAGUUGGUGCGGUGCUUGCGAAGCCGUCCUGUACAACCCUGACAGUUACGUGGGGCGGCCGGGCGUGCGCUGCCGCAUGGAGGGCUCCGCUUCGGCGUCCCUCAGCAUCGUGGAGCGGCCGCCGAGCUUCGAACCCACCAUGGAGGCGGUGCUAUACGUGAACACCAGGCACUCGAAUUGUCCGAAGUCCUUCAAUAUCCAGCGGAUGAGCUUCUUCAGUGACACAGGAUGUACCCAGCUCCUCACUCCCACAAGCUUAGUCGACUUCUACGGACAAAACCUCUCCACCAGCUGGACGACGCCGAUGACCUAUACACCUUCCUGCUUGCCGAACUGCGUGGAGGACGAGGGCUUUUUCCAGGCGGUGUUCCCCGAGACCACUUCUGUGAUGUGCGCCGUGGUGCACUCCUCCACGGGCUUGGCCCAGGGUUGGGAGCUUCGGUUAGACCCCCAGAGCCAGGUGGAGAGCUUCGGAAGCUUCGACCCUGGACUGAGCAGCCUGGUAGCCGGCACCAGCUUCGGGAACAGCGUGGCCUUCCGGCAUGUGCCGAGCUCGCUGAAUCUGGCGGAAGAGAGCGAGGUGACCAUGACUGGAACAAUGCACGUGGAUUGCUCUGAGACCAUUACGCCCGUGGUGAACGGCUGCUCUGGUUUCUGGUGGAAAGGGCAACUGGCAGCCGCCCUCGCCUCCUUACUGGGGCUGCCGAAGCACAUGGUGGAGCUCCAAGAGACUUUCCGUCGCCGGCUGGGCGCCGAGGCCGAACAUGCUCGAAGGCUGGUGGUGUGGAUCCUCACCUAUACCGUGACGAUCAAGAUCUACGUGGACCGACCCCACGUGGCUGCGGUGCCCAACAGCGUGCAGGCGCAGCUGGAGGAGAUGCGACAAAGCUUGCCCCUCCUCAGCAGCACCCUGAUGUCGCAGAUCGCGUUGGAUCCGGGUGUGACGGCGGAUGUGGGAAUCUUCUCCUCCUUCUCGCGCGUGGACGUGCCCCCCAGCCAUCUAGAGCUGCCACCGCCCACGACCACGACGACGGGAGCUCCCACGACCGUGCCACAGACGACGCAAGCAGGAACAGGUGUGCAGACCACUCCUACGCCUGAGGAUGAAACUGGAGUGAUCUUGGGUUUGAUCUUUGGCACCAUUGGCGGAGUCGUGGUCAUAAGCUACUUCCUCUAUGCCGUGAUGCGGCGCCGGAGCGCCCGCGCCCGCCCGGGCGCCGUCACGCCCGCCACCGGCGCCACGGGGGGAGCUCCCGUCUCCAGUGCUGGGCCCACGGCGGUGACGAUCGGUGGCAAGGCGCUGCUCCGAACGCACAGCAAGGAGGAAUUGAACCCGUUGUCCAUCGAUGCCUACAAUAGCCUGCCAAAGUAUUGGACCGGCCCUAAAGAUGCCAUUGAAGUAGAUUACCAUGCCGCAUCCAGAGAAGACUUGACCUUUGAUGAGCUCAUGUACGUCUCGCAGGGAAACAUGCGGCAGUUUCAAGAACUCGUGACGUUCACCUACCGGGACAUUCCGACGCAAGACCGCUUGUGCCCCACGGGCAAGCACGACAAGACGCGUGGCGGCUGCCCUUGCGUACAACCAGGUGGUGACCCCGGCUUGCCCACGGACUUCCAAGUGAAGCGAGUCAUCCGCGUGGAAGAUUCCGAGAUGUUCACCCGCUACAUCGUGCGACGAGAUAAGAUCCGACAGGAGCGGAUUGAGAAGCGAGGUGAGAAGUGUGAAGUGCCCGAUCCGCCCUUCUUCACACGAGAGUGGAUGAACAAGCACUCCUCGGAUGGAGUUUUGUGCGACCUGGACGAUGAGUUGAAUGAGGUGUACCUGUGGCACGGCACACAGGUGCGAGUUGGGCUACAAAUUGCUCAGGAAGACUUCAAUCUCACCUUUGCUGGGUCUGGUGCAGGAACGAUGUACGGCAAAGGCCUGUACUUCACCGAAAGCGCCACCAAGGCCGACGAGUACGCGAAAGAUGAGCCCGGCGGGCAUUAUGACAACGUCCGGGCGCUCCUGUUGUGCCGCGUUUGCGUCGGCAAGUUUCACUACACGCAGGAUCGCGAGCCGAAGGCCAUUGACAAGUACACCGCUGGGGAGUCGGACAGCACCCUGGGCGACCGCGCCAAAUCAGUGAACACCUACCGGGAGAUCGUGGUUUACGAUGCGGACCAGGUCUAUCCCGAAUACUUGGUGAUCUAUGAGCGCGUCCACGGAGGAGUUGCCACAACCCCUCGAGAGGAUCUGCCAUUCUUGCUGGAGCUUCCCUUGUACUGGAAGAAUGUGGGGAAGAAUCCCUACACCGAAGGCUUUCGAGAACAUUGGGUGGUCAAGCACAAGAUCAAGGAUCUCAUUCAGAGGUUGGCCGAGGGCACCUGCCGUAACCCAGUCAAGGUCAAUAAAGUGCGCCGAGUGGAGGACUCCUCACUCUGGUGUCGUUACAUCAACUGGAAGCGAAACUUAGCGAGCCAGUUGGAGGAGAGCGACGCGAAGAUCAAAUCACCCAACGAGUUGGACGGGAACCCUGAGAGCGGCCACGUGCUCACGGAGAAGAUCCUGAAGGAGAACCAUGGAGAUGAAGCCAUCAGCGUGGAGAACAUGCAAAUGGGCCUCAAUGAGAUGCUGCUGUGGCACGGCACCUCCAAGAAGGCGGCCGAGACCAUUGCGGAGGAGGGCUUCUUGGUCGCCUCAGCGGCCCAUGGGCGCAGGUUUGGGAACGGCGUGUAUUUGGCCGAGGAUUUGACCAAGAGCUUGGACUAUUGCAAGACGGACGACGGGAUCUACUACGUCCUUCUUUGCAGGGCCACUUGCGGGCACAUCUAUUACACGGAGAAGGAUUGGGACUCCGGGGCAGACGGCCCGGCCAAGAGCAGAGGCUGUUCUUGUGUCCUAGCCAAUCCCAACCAGCGUGGGCCGCGGGAAUACAUCCUCUUCGACGUGGGGCAGGUGUAUCCUGAGUACAUUGUAGAGCUGAAGCAGGGAGAGCCUCUCCAUGGCCAGUUACGAGCCCCGGAUCACCACCAGAUACAGAUGGAAUUUGAUGGUUUGUUGGCCUCCAAGUGCAAAGCAGAUGGAGAGGUCACUUCCAUCGUCCAGUCGCUGUGUAGAUACUGCACUGGAACGCCGGUGGCACGGGUGCUGAACAAGUUCAUGGAGAACAACUUUGAGAAGUUGGAACGCUUGCUGGAGAUGCAUGAGGAGUACCAUCGCUCGGUGCUGGAGGCGGACCGGUUGCGGGACCAGGGCUUGGCCACGACCAUUGACCGAGAGCUGGAGGUGAAUGAAGAGGAGCAGCUCUUUUUAGAUCGCUGCGAUGCCGGCCUUUUCACCUUGCAGCAGGUGGACUUGAUCCUCGUGCGCCUGGUGAACAUGGGCAACCGGCAGGCCAGUGAAGAGAUUGGUAAGCUGAUGGAUGUGAAAGGAGUGAAGCUGGAAGAGAUCCGCAACAUUGUGGUGGAGUAUUGCAGCAACCUAGGGCAAAAAGCACAAGAAGAAAGAAGGGAGGUGAUCUCCUACAUGCGUGCGAUGCUCACGAGACCGUCGCGCGCCGGGUUCUGCCCGGGGGAGCCCGUGCCCGCCAUGCUGCGAGGGAGCCUCUCCGGCUCGAUGACGCAGUCCCUGUCGAUGACGGCCGUGCGCCCGAGCAUUCGCGCCAGCGUGACGAGCGGAGCUGGGCACCCGCAGCCGCUGCGUGCCAGCACCAUCUCGAGCACCACAGCCAAUGCGCCCAGUCAGCGGCGGAAUGCCAUGCAAUGGAUUACCUCCAGAAUCUCCCAAGGUCUUUUCUGGAUUUUGACGCUAGGGCAUUGUAGCGUCUACAUGUUUGGGCCCGGGUCCUUUGAGGAAUUCUCCAACUUCGUGCUGUUUGUUUGGGCGACUGGUGCACCACUUGCGGCCAUGACGGUGUUGGAGGUUUGCAUUCGCGUCACCGUCCAGGCCGGCCCCAUUUGGCGUUGGAAGUCGUGGAGGCGGAUGAUGAUCCCCCUCUUCCAUCAGUUGGAAGCCCUUGUCUUGGCAGUGAUGGCAUACAGAGGUGGGAUGAGCAUCUAUCUGCUUCUGGUGGCGCUUCAGGGUGCCAAUAUGCCCACCUCUGCGUCCGACCAGGACAAGGCCACCGUCUUGGUGCUUUGCGCCUACCGCGUGCUGCGGACCUGGGGCGAUUGCAACAACGUCUCCGUGCAAAGCACCUUGCGGUUUCGGCGGAAGCAGCAGAAGCGCCACAAACCAUGGAUGGAUGAGUACAAGAGCCAACUGGAGCAACACCGGAAGCUCUUCUUCGUGCGCGUGCAGCGGGCCGUGGACCAACGGCUCGCACAGCUGGCCUUCCUCUCGGCCACACUUCUCUAUGGUUUCUUGGAGAUUCAGGAUGCCUAUCCUGUAACCUCGGAAGUCGUGGGCUACCUGCUUUUGCUCGGCUUCUUCUGCGAGUUCUUCUGUCGGGCGAAGGCGCAAGGGGGUGAAAGCUUCUUCCGGCCCUUCUACAACAAGCUCGAGCUCUGCGUGCUCGCAGGAGGCACCUGGUGUUUAUUCUAUGGAACUUGGUACACCGAGUAUUUGGCUGAAGAGAAGGAUCAGCGUGCAGUGGUGGCCACGGCAACUGUGUGCCUCCUCCUCCUUCAUCGCUGUAUCCGGCUCCUGGCGAUUCGCUUCCAAGUCUCAGCCAGCGACUUGCAUGCGAACACGCUGAUGAGCGCGAAGGCCUUGGAGGUCUUCAUCGCCAAGUUUGGUGAUCUGGUGGAGGUUCCUCCCACCAACAUCCACGUGGACGUGCCUGGGUCGAGGGUGCACAUCGAGAAGGCGACCUUAAAAAGGGAAGUCUUUGAGGAGUUGCACCUGCCAGUGACAGUUCAAGGAGGUUUGAUUGAAGACCUCUUCAUCGAUUUUUUCACGCCCAGCGCCGGGGCCCGUGGCGCCUUUGCCAGAGUCCGGACACAUGGUCGAACAAAGGUCCGCAUCAAGAACUUGCUCCUGGUGACGGGCGCCGGCCGGGGUCUAGCAGAGGCCGGGGGGAGCUAUGGGAGUUACUGGACGGCGGAGAAGAUCUUCGAGGCCAAGAGUCGCGUCGUGGAACUCAUCUACAAGCGUCUUUCUGCGCCAUUCCCGGACCUGCGUUCCCUGUCGCAACAGUCCAUAGAUUCCCGUACCAAGAGCACCCUUGCACCAAGCUGGACGCCACCCCAAGCUGGGCCCAGGCAGAUCGCGCAGAAGCUUCGAUGGAAACUGGGAGUGGCACUCAACUCGGGGAUGAGGCGCUUCAGGCUCCUUUUGCAGGACAGCGUUUUUCGACAUUUGGAGCUGGAAAUCCAAAACGCCUCGCUCCAAUUCCAAGAUUCCACGGGUGCAUUGGGCCAUGGCUGCCUGAGCAUGGGUCUCAAGGUGGACUCUCUCAGUUUGGUGCGCCAUGCGCGCAAGCGCUUGACCUUGGACCUGGCACGCUUGGCCUUCUAUGUGGAGCCGCAUGGACCUGAGGCCUCGUGGCAAAGCAAGUCCCUGAGCAGGGACAGGCCUCAGCAAGUGGUCCAGAAGAUGGUGCGCUUGAACUGCGCCGAGCGCUUACGCUCCUGGGCCUUCAGCGAGCUCCGCGCCUCCAUGGGCCCUGAGCAACGGCUGCGGCACGCGGAGAGGUGGCCCGAGCGGCACCACGUGCUGACCAUCCCGUGCGUGUCCUUGCAUGCUGGCCCGCGGCAGGCAGAGGGCGAAGAAGAGGCGCCGUCGCAGGGCCCAGCCCCUCGGGCGUCCGACAGCGCGGGCAGCCUGGGCCGCGCGCUCACGCGGCUCACGCACGUGCUGCCGAAGCGGAAGGUGUCCGACCUCGAGGAGCAACUCUUCGCGCCCAAGGAGGAGGAAGAGGGCAAGACCGGGUGGCACUGGAAGCUGCAAGUGCGGCCCUUGUCGGUCACGGUGGACGAUGUGCAAUUGGCAUGCGUGAAGCACUUGCACCACUGCGUCAGGAGUUGGCUCGCUUGGGAUGCCGCCUUUCGUUGGCGCCCGGUCUUGACGCCCUUGAGCCCGCUGGUGGAUGCCUCUUCGAGAAGGGCCGUGAUCCGGUUCUGGUGGUUCUACGCGCUGCACCGCGUGGUGGCCGAGAAGUGCGGCCGGAGGCUUCGACUCGUCUUCCUGGACCUGGUGCUGAAGGCGGGCUACCGCUUCAAGUACCGCUCGCUGCUGUCGGACGUCUUGGAGCGCUCGGGCCCGCUGGUGCCCGGCGGACGCGUGCACUGGAAACCCACGCCACAGCAGCAGACGCAGCUGCAGGAGUUGCAGAUGCACCUGCCAUAUCCAGACAUCGUCUCCUGCGGCCGCGCGGCCUUGGCCAAAGCCGUCAAGGGCGAGCCGGCGCUGCGCGCGGUGGAGGUCGCGGCCGAGGAGGAGCUGGAGGCGGAGGAGGUGGAGGCCUUGGAGGAAGAGGUGGAGGAGUUGGAGGAGUUGGAGGCCGCUUCCGUCUCCAGUGGCUCUAGUACUGAGGAGCUGGAGCCCAGUGGGAGUGGCACCUGGGAGCUCUGGUGGGAUGGCCUCGAGGUUUGUAUCCCCUUCUGGAGACGUGGGCGGAGCUAUCGCCCCAUUCUGCUCCACGUGAGCUUUCAGCAACUGCGGGUGGAAGCCGAAGUGCUGGAGAAAGAGAGCAUCGAGGGCCAACAAGGCCGCCUGGCGCCCUUUAGCCUUUGGUGUUCUUUGAAGAGCUUCAGCGUCGCGUCGCCGGAGGCGGGGCGCCAUCGCCCGGGUGCGCGGGAGAUCCUCCAGGUGCGCCGGCCGGUGAAGAUGUCCAGUACGCUCUUCGAUGCCUCCUACCGCGUGGCCCCCCCAGAGAUGCUGCCGGGGGACGUGUUUGCCUUCGUGGUGCAAGCGAAGGCCACUGGACAGGCGAAGGAAAUCAGCGCAGUGCUUCAUGCACCGGAGCUGAAGCUGCUGCUUUGGGAGCCCUUGCUGUUGACGCUGAAGGCCUUCACCACGCGCAGCGGUGGUCGUGCCGGCCGUGGGACCCUCUCGCUCCUGGAGCGCGGGCGCACCACGGUCGGUCCCAUGGACGGCCGGGUCACGGCGGAGAACGGACGGGUGGGCCCCAGCAAGGUGAAGGCCACCUUUGAGACGGUGACGAGCUCCAUCGGCACCAUCCGGGGAGAAGAGGAGGCACACGAGCGAACGCGCUUCACCAAGCGCCUCCAGGCCGCCCAACGCUUCUUCGAGCGCUAUGCGGUCAUCCGGGAUGAGGUGGCGCUGGAUCUGGUGGUGCAUUUGGGGGCCAUCCAGGUGUUUCAGGUGGGCCAGUUUUCCAAGGACCAGUUGGGCGUGGAAGAAGCGCGGAUCUUCCCACGGCGAGUUUGGGCCAAGGUGGCUCAUGACGAGAUUGCCAAGAGCUGCGCGCUGGGCAUCGAGGACGUUGGCCGCGGCCCCGCCGCGCCGUGGAUCGCGGGCGCGUCGCACGCCGAGCCGGGCGUGCGGCAGGAAGCGCCGGUAGAGCCGCCGUUGGGGGGCUUGGGUGCGUCGAGGCGCUGGAAUUGGUGCUGUGUGAACAAGGCGGCCAGCGACCCCCAAGCCUGGCCAGCGCCACAGCCCACUGUCCAACGAAGCGGAGGAGGUGAAGGGCUGAUGCAGUUGGCCUUUUGGAAGGUUCGCGAGUCGGACUUCGGCGCCUGGAUCCACGAGCAGGAAGAAGAGCCUUGGGAGAUCAGCCGAUGUGACGCGGUCUGUUCCUCCUCAAAUUGGAUUUUUGCCAAUCAGGAUCCCACUGGAAUCGUUUUGCAAUUCAGGGCCCACUUGGAUUGGCUCGCCCAGAAGUACGGCUCGGAGGCCACGCUGGAGGAGCCGGCGCUCGCAGGGGCAAAGACGCCGGAGGACCUCGAUGGUGCGGUGACUCCCGAGGAGGCGGAUCCGAACCAGGUCACGGAUGACGAAGGUCCAUCCCCGGCAGAAGCUGCAGAAAAGGAUAAGAAGGAAGAGAAGAAAAAGGAGAAGAAGGAGAAGAAAGACAGCAAGUAA